UAGAGGGGACCGGAAGUUGUUGGUUUCGCCGCUAGCCCUGUGGCCACAUACAGGCUUCGUGGGUUCGGUUUGGUUCCCGCAAGUGUUACACUAUCUCGUUCCUCCCGAGGGCUUGGUGGCCCUGGGGUGGGGUGCGCUCGCCCUGGUACUGGGCUCAGUCCAGUACCAGCCUUCCGGAAGCGGAGUGAAUUCUUCGGUCUCCUAGCAACGAGGGACGGGCUGCGGACUGAGGGAGCGGCGGUGCAGCCCGAAUCGCUCAGGCGCUGGCCGGAACCCCCGAGCCUGGCCCAAACGGGAGCCGAAAACCAGAGCUUGGAAGAAUAAGCAGGAAAUGGCGGACGAGGCGUUGUUUUUGCUUCUCCACAACGAGAUGGUGUCUGGAGUGUACAAGUCCGCGGAGCAUGGGGAGGUGGAAAACGGACGCUGUAUUACUAAGCUGGAAAACAUGGGGUUUCGAGUGGGGCAAGGACUGAUAGAAAGGUUUACAAAAGAUACUGCAAGGUUCAAGGAUGAGUUAGAUAUCAUGAAGUUCAUUUGUAAAGAUUUCUGGACUACAGUGUUCAAGAAACAAAUCGACAAUCUAAGGACAAAUCAUCAGGGCAUCUAUGUACUUCAAGACAACAAAUUUCGUCUGCUUACUCAGAUGUCUGCAGGAAAACAGUAUUUAGAACAUGCAUCUAAGUAUUUAGCAUUUACAUGUGGCUUAAUCAGAGGUGGCUUAUCAAACUUGGGGAUAAAAAGUAUUGUAACAGCUGAAGUGUCUUCAAUGCCUGCCUGUAAAUUUCAGGUGAUGAUACAGAAGCUGUAGAACAUACUGAAAUGCAAGGCUUCAACAGUGUGGUGGAACUGAUAAUCUGAAUCAAUUUUAAUAUAAUUCAGCUUCUAAUUGGUUUAUUCUAAGAGAUACAGAUGAAAUAAGCUUAUUUUAAAAAAUUAGUAGAAAUGAAUACAUUUUUAAUAAAGUACUGUCAUAAGUUAAUAACUGUAUAAUCCUGACCAAAAGAAGUAAUGUAUCUUUUAUGUGAAAAGAAAUACACAUGCAAUCUAAUUUACUUUGUCACUGUCCCUCAGACCUGAUUAAACUACCACUUGGUAACUAUUAUUUUCAAAAUAACUACUUCUAAAUUCUCUAUUUAAAAUAUAUAAUUUCUCAACAAACUUAAGGCUCUCUACCUGUGUUAAGAGUUGGGGAACUUUUACUCUUCAAUUUUCCAUUAAAAUCAGAAGAUACUUUUAAUUGUGAACGCCUUGAUAAACUACGGCUAUAAUGGUUACUUGCACACUUAAUUUUUCUUAUAUUAGUGGUUAAAAUGUCUUUUGUGUCUACGUUUCUGAAAAAUAGCCUUAUGCCAACUUGAGUCAUUAUAAAAAUGGGUUCUGUUACCUAUUAGAGACCCUCUAGCUUGCUAGAAAAUAGAGGUAUAACUGUAUUAAAAUAAUUUCUUAUACUACUCGUCUUCUGCGCAUGCAAACUUACCUUCGUUAUGCUAUCCAGUCAGAAUUUUUUUCUGUGUGAGUAGUGUGCAUAGCUACACAGUUAUGUAAGAAAUGUAAAUUACAACAAUUGACCCUUUAUUGAAUCAGCCCCCAGCCCUGCCCUCCCACGCCAGCAUCAAAUCAACAAAAAAAUGUGAGGCUCUAAUACAGCUAGUUGUGUGGUAUAGAUUGGAAAUCUAAACUCUUUGUAGUAGACACUGCUGGCUGUCUACCCAGUAUCCACUCUUCCCCACUUUUCUACCAGAACCCCAUUUUUGAUAGGAAUAGCAAUGUACUCAGCUAAAAAAUUAUUUCCAGCUUUCUUUACAGUGAGAAAAUGUCAUAACUUGGGCAAAUGAUAUGUAAGUUGUGGGUUUCUUGUAAUGCUUUGCUCCCUUGAUAUAGACAAGCGUUGUGCUUUUUUAUACUUGGAAUGUAGAUAUGAGGCACGAGACAAAGCAACCCAUACCAUGACUAAAAAGAUGAAAGCUACACACUAAAAUGGAUAAAAGAGAAAUCUAGAUGCAGCCCAGGAUAUUUAACAUAUUGUGGAGUUGCUGCACCAGCCCUGAACUUCUUAUACCAGAAUUAUCAGAUGAGAAACAAAAAUUUCUAAUUUUUAAAAUUUCAGUGAAGUUUUCAAAUGCAGUACUAACGGAUAAGAUUCUUAUGAGUUGCAACCGUACUCUUGGACACUUUUUUUUUUUUUAUUAGUUUCAGGUGCACUCUUGGAAACUUAUGGUAGUGUUUUUAUAUCGGAUUAACAGAGAACAGAUUAGGUAUCCGACAAUGAAAGAAUGUGUAAAUUAUGAUAAAAAACAACUUGGACUAUUAAGCUCACAUUUAAAAAUCAGCUUUUUAUGAAAACGUAAGAUCAAAUGUAAAAUUGUAUCUGCUCUAUUUAUAACUAGUGGCAAAACUAUUGGUUGCCUAAUCCACAGUUAUUCCCAAUCCCCUUUUCCUUUUCAACCUCUAUUGGAAAGCCUGGAAAGGCUUACAAUUUCAUUUCCCAACCUUUCUUGGAGCAGAGGUGUUUAUCUUAUACGUUGUAGCCAACAGAUGAACAUAGAUUUUGGGAUUUGUGGAGAAGGUUUUGCUUUUAUGAGAAAAGAAUCAGAUGUGGAAGGCUCUGCUUUCUUCAGCCCCUUUCCUCUCAGAAUAUAGACAUAUUUCUUUGAUCUGCAGUGGCCAUAUCUUGUUACCAUGAGGGAAAGGCUGAAAGAUCAGAGACCUUGGUAUUGCAGAGUCACUGAACCAAUGCCAGCAGCCAGCUCCUCUUCACAUCUCGUUAUGUGAGAAAAAUAAACCCCUAUUUGAAGAACCAUUGCUACUUGGAUCUUCUGUACUUAAAGUAGGAAACAUCUGUACCUGAUAUAUAAAUUAUAAGUGAAAUGAACAGAAGAUUUGACAGAAAAAUUAAAUAGUUAAUCUAUUAGGGUAUUAUUAAAAAAGAUUUGUUAAGAAAAGUUUUGUGCAAUAAGGCAUUUAAAUAAAAGUACUGAGCUGAAAGGGUUUUAAAACGUUUGCUUAAUUUUGUUGCUAUGAACAGAUUUGCCAUUUAAUCUAGAUUAUUUUAAUUCCAACACUAAGAACCUUUCUCCAUUGUCUUUUGUUCAAGAGUCAAACAAAAUUUUAGUAACCAGAACAUUUCCAAUAAAAUUUUAUGUGUAUUCAUAUAAAACAAUGAAACAGCACCAAGGACAUUUGUAAAAUUCCAUCAUACAGCAUUGCAUGUAGUUAUAGAAAAACUUUAAAACUUGUCAUUAGAAACUAGGUGAGUUUUUCCUAAGAUACUUCAGAUAUUCAAAUCCAUACAAGCUAUCUUCUGUGUUGCACAGUUUAAGAUGAAGACCCCUCACAUAAUGUUGAAGAUGUGAUGCAAUCUACUUGAAUUGGCAUUGUACUUCCUCAGAGUUCGGCUGCCUUCAUCACACGUAUCUUCUAUCCCUGAGAGAGAUCAGCUACGUCAAGAUGGCUCAUCAGCUAAAUCACGUUGGUCAAAAUACCUAGUAAAGAAAUAAUUGAAUGCAUGCUUAAAAAUACUAAUUGCAGCACUAGUUAUAAUAAUAGGAAAAGACUGCAAACAACUCAAAUAUUCAUCAAUAAGGGGACUGGUUGAAUAAACUACAGUACAUUUACACAGUGGAAGACUGAAGUUUUUACAAAAAAGGAAUGAGGAGACUACACUGCUACAGUGUGAAUUCCAGGAUUUAUUAAGUGAAAAAAACAAGGUAUAGAAUGGUAUGUUUAGUAUGGUACCUUUUAUAAGCAUGUGUAGGAAUGCAGAUAUAUUUGCUUAUACUUUUAAAAAGAAACAAUGGAAGGAUAAACUGAAAAAUAAUAAAAUGGAUAGAUAACUAUGGAAGGGAGAAAAGAGGCUAGAGAAGAUACAGGUGGAUUCUAAAAUACUCCAAAAUGCAUCUCAAAUUAUAAUUUUAACUUUGGAACAAUGUAAAUAUUUUAUGUAAUUAUAAAACAAAAAAUAAAAUCAUGAACCAAACUCUACCAAAUGAAUCUUAUAUCCAGUUAGUGGCAAUGCCACACAGGGGAAUAAUUUCAGGUGACCUUAAACACGGUGUUCUGAUACAUGUCCCUAGUGGGUUUUCCAGGGACAAAAAGAACUGCAAAGAAUUCUUAAAAUGAUUUCAGUAUUUUUACUGUUAGGGAAACUUAGUAUUGUUAUUCUGAAACUAUUAUGUGCAUACUACAGGAAAAAGCGAAUCAUUAUGUUAAUGUUAUUAGAAACCAGAACUUUCAGCAUAGAUGAAAAGAAAUAUAACAUUAAAGAAAAAUCAUGUAAUCUUAAAUUAGAACUGAAAUACCAAUUUUAACUCAGGAUUUUAUUUUUCUCUUUCUAAAAAUAUAUAGUUCCUAGCUCUGGUCACUGAUAAGGCGUAAAUGCAAUGACCAACCUAAUACAACUAGCUUCCCUAAUGUCCAGAUUUGUGGACUCUAAAUACUAUUUUCUACUUUAAAAGAGGAACCAGCACCUCCAGGAGGAAAGACUGAUUCCAGAUCCACAAAGUCCAAGAUACACAGGAAUCACCUUGACAUACCACAAAGAAAGAAAACUACAAAGGGCUACUAGGAUUAUAUAACAAAAAGCACAGGAGUCAACCUAAGGGGCUCCCACUGGCCAAAGAUCGAACAAUCUGAGCUUCAAAAAGAAUAAUGACUGCAAUGGACUGAAAUAUAUCAAGUGUUAAAACACCUAAAUUCAAAAUGAUAAUCUAAAACCAGAAAACCUUAUUGGUCAACUUUGGGGACUCCUAGGCCACAAUUCAUUAUUCUAAAAAUUAGUAAAUAAUGGGAAAAGGAUCUAGCAUGUAUUCUGUUUUGUUUUGUUUUUGGAUAAAUUAUAUUUCAAGGUAACCAAAUAAAACAAGGGAAGUUAUGUUUUACAAAAAUUUUAGCUACAGAUAAAUAGGGAAUAAUAGAAAAACCAGCAUUUUUGAAUCCUAAUAAAAUAAUGGAUCUAUGCAACAAUUAUGAAUGGCCGACAAAACCAACAGGUAAAAGGUAUGGACUUUACCUGAGUGCACUGAUCGACCUGAUCACCACUAAAUGUGGGACAACUAGACAUGUGCCUCCCGAAGCAACACAAUAGAACUCACGGAGUCUUGUCAAACCAACCAAACAAACAAACACCACUAUAAUUAAGCGUCUAUACCUACCUACCAGUUUACAGAAAAUGGACACAUAAACACAUUAAAUAUCACCAUGAGGAUAUAGUUGCCAAAACCAAAAUAUGGGAGAUUUUAUAGGUCAAAGGACCCAGUUUCUUCAAAUAAGCAAAGAAAAGCAACAAAACAAAGGAAAAAAACCCCAGGAGGUGAUGGGGAGACUUAAAAGACACAUCAAACAAACGCAAUGAAUGCAUCUUACUUGGAUCCCGAUUUAAACAAUUCAAAAUUAAAAAGACAUUUUUGGGACAAUUAGGGAAUAGAACACAUGGACUGGA